UGCCGGCCAGAGAGCGCGUUCGGCCUCCCGCUGUGAUUGACAGCCCGCCGUCUCCGUGACGCCAUAAAUAGCCGGGCUUUCGCGGCCGCUCGAACGCGUCCCCGUAAUCCGGGACAGAUCUGCUUUGUGCGCGCGUGAGGCGGGCGGAGGGAGAGAGAGAGAGAGAGAUACGGUCGCAGCUGCGCGCUGUGAAGGGCCGCAUUGUUAGCCAUCGCAGCCACGUUCCCGGCGCUGCCAGCUGUGGCGCUGAGCCUCCCGCUCCGCACUUAGCACCGCCGCCGCCGCCGCCGUAGCUGCGCACAGAGACCGGGACCCGGACAGCACAGCACAGCACACAGGCUGCAGCUGCGCAGGCGCAGGCAGACGAGCGACGCAGCCAGGCGCUGAGCAGCCCAGGCUCCGAAGAAGCCGAGGGCACAGCCUGUACGAUACAAAUCCAGGGAGCGCGUCCAGCCUCGCGGGAGUCUCAGAUCUUGGAGCGCGAGCGCAAGACCAAGCAGCAGUACGAGCGACAGAUGGAGGAGCGGCAGAAGAAGCUGGAGGAGCAGCGCAGGAAGGAGGUGCAGCGGAGGGUAGCCGCCGAGGAGAAGAGGAAGCUGAAGCAGGAGGAGGAGCGGGAGCAUUAUGAGGCGGUGUUGCGGCGCUCCGUAGAGCGCAGUCAGAAGCUGGAUCAGAGGCAGAAGAGGUGGUCCUGGGGAGGGGACCUGACCGCAGACUCUGGUGACACUGGUGGAGCCACGGUACUCCCACCGUCCUCUCCCGUCAAGUCCCGCAGGAAAGCGUCCGCAGAAGCUGAUAAGCGCUCUACGUCAGCCACAAACCUCAAACAGCAGAGUGACUCGGUCGUCAAUAAGCGCUUGUCCUCCUCCUCCGCCACCAUUGCAAAGUCUCCUGAGAAAAGCACUAAGCAGAGGAGUUCCUCUCUAAGUCGGUUGCACAGCAACACUUCGCAUCCUGCAAAGGACUCCCAUAAACUGCCUCAGGUGGAACAGACAGGCCCCUCCCAACAGAAGAGGAGCUCCUCCCUUUCUUCUGGGGUGGGGGGCAGGCUACUGCCCUCCCCCAAGAUUGAAAGAAAAGGGAUCAAGAACGAGCAAGUUUCGGCCAGCCCCCUGCACCUGUCCCGGGGGCCCCUGCGGAGCCACAGCAUCGACCGGCAGAAGGGCUGUUCCGACGGAGCCGCCAGAAACGCGCAGAAAAGCGAGAAGGAGAAGCGCUUCUCUUCCCCGGGGGGCAAGAGGCCGUCCUCGCCCUCCAGCGGCCCGGGCCGCCGCCGCUCGCCCUCCCCCUCCCCCGGGGCCCCGCCCUCCAGCGCCGGCAAGAGACCCUCCUCCCCCGCAUCGGCCAAACAGAACGCGCGUAACCGCCCCCCCUCGCCCAGCUCGGCCAAACAGAGGCCCCCGUCCCCGCAGCCCAGCUCCAGGCCCCCGCCCAUCCAGCGCCCGGCCCUCACCCCCACGGGCCCGCCCACCCUGCGCAAGAGGGACCCCAAACCGAAGGAGAGCUCCAGCCCGGGGCAGCCCGUGGCCCCCCAGCCCGCGGAGACCCCCCCGCCCAGCAACGCGCCGAACGGCAAGAGCAAAGACGACUCCAGCGCCAAGGCCAUCGCGGGCACCACGUCGGCCGAGGCCGCCGCCAAGAUGCUGUCUGAGAACCGGCGUCUGGCCCGGGAGCAGAAGGAGAGAGAGGAGCUGCUGAGAGUACAGAGGGAGGAGGAGGAGAGGCUGAGGAAGGAGGAAGAGAAGCGCCUGGCGGAGGAGCAGAGGGUGCGGCGGGCGGAGGAGGAGAAGAGGAGGGCGGAGGAGAUGAAGAUCCUGGAAGAGGAGCAGGCCCGCAUGGCAGAAGAGGAUCGAGUGAGGCUGGAGAUCGAGGAGCAGGAGAAGCAGGUGGAGCUUCAGAAAGAGCGCGAAGAGGCGGAGGCCCGGGCCCUGGAGGAGGCGGAGAAACAGCGGCAGGAGAGAGAGAGGAUCAUGCAGCAGAACCAGCAGGAGCGCAUGCUGAGACGGAAGAGAAUCGAAGAAAUUAUGAAGAGGACAAGAAAAACGGACCAAAACGAUUUUAAGAGAGAUGAUGAGAAAGGCAUGCUUGAUGAAAACGAGGAAGAGGACAGCGAAGCCAAAGAAGAGGAAGAGACCAAGGAGGAGGAUGACUGUGCCAAUGGAGAGGCGGAGUUUGAGGCAGAGGGGUGGAGCCUGCCAGGAGAAGGGCCAAUGGCAGAGCAGGGGGGGAGCAUGUACAGGAAGUUGGAGAUGGACAACAAGGAGAACAGAAGCAUCUUGUGUGAGAGGGACUCAGAGUCUGUCAGCCCCACGCCCAAAGCGUUGCUGGUGGAGGGUUCGGAGUUCCUGAACGAGGGCUCCAGGAUGGGGCUGCUGCCGGGCCUCAACGGGAGGGCGGCGCCCUGGAGCCUGGAGGAGCUGAUCGAGCUGGGCGUGCGGCCCAAGGCCGGGCCCCUCAUCAGCGCCGACGGGGGCCCCGACAAGCCCAGGCCGGCGUUCGAGGACAAGGGCAGCGCGGUGGGCGCUCUCCUCCCGGGCCAGCCCAUCGAGGCCCUGUCCGAGAUGUGAUGCUGCGGACCUACAGAAGGACUGUGAUCACUGCACUCCAGGGGGUCCCCCGCCCCCCCAACCCCCCCCAUCCCAAAGACGCUUCGCCUCAGCACAGAGCUCGGGCGGAGCUUAGCUGGAAUGGAGUAGAGUAUUUCGGAUUGCUAACUUUGCACCUCAGAGAAUAAUUUAAAAACAAGCUUAAAGAAAAAAGAAACGCUUCAGGGAAAACGGUAUAUUCCUUCGACGUGCUUGCUUACUCUUGGGUUUCCCCACGGUCGUGUCUGAAAAUGAACCGAGUGUUGUGUUUUUUAUGUUGUUGUUGUGGUAUGUAUGUAUAUAUCAUGGGGGUGCAUACUGUAAUUUAUUCAAAUGGCUCCUACCCUGCUGUUCACUGCUCCCUCUGUGUGUUCUGUAGGAGAGACAGACUGACAGACAGACAGACGCAGGCUGUGUUUGUGAAGGAGGGCGUGGUCGUGCGUCAGCCUUGAGCAGCUGUGUGUGCAAGCGCAGUGUCUUGAAGACAGCUGUGUAGGUGAUAUUUAUGAACUGAAAUGUCAGCUUAUGACAGGAAGGUGGCAUCUGUUACAGAGGCCGCUGCUGGCUUCCACUUCACUCUUCAGUCAAAGAAUGGAGGGAGGCGUAAAAGUGCAGAUGGCCCGAUAUAGCCAUUGCCCUCACUCUCAAACGCACAGACGAGCUGUCCGGGGGCCAUUCUAAAAUGGGUGCCUCGCCUUCACUAUACAGGUCCUGAGGUUAUCCCCUUGUAUUUUUUGCCUUUUUUAUUCAGACACUUGGGUUUUGUAGUGAUGAGUUACCCGUGUGGUAAGAAGUUCAGGUUCCGGGGCUGCUGGGUGGCUGAGUCGGUUAAGGCGCCACACUGCAGUGCAUGGUUGAGCCUCAGGUUGAAUCCGGACCGUGCCGGUGCCGAGAGAGGGAUCAACGCUUUAUCGCUGCUGGAGCGGGCGCCUGUCAGAGCUGCAUGGGAGUCCUCCUCUGAUGCCACUCUGCGCAGGUUUAGCUGCGCUCUGAAAGGAAGCAGCCGUUGGACAGCACGCGUCUCGGAGGGGAACCAGGCAUGUCCCGGCUCUCAGGAAACAGCAGGGUGGUGUGUGCAUGGAACACAGCUGCAGUUGUAGACAAUUGGACAUUCCAGAUUGGGGUGGGAAUCGGAUGUAUAGCCCUGAGUUGGGUAGCAAAUUUGUAAAAAAAAAAAAAAAAAAAUUUAAAGAAAUGUAGAAUAUGAGUACUGCACCCUUGCAGAGAAAACGGUCUGUUGCCUGUUUCCUUCUCCCUGAUGCGCUCUAUCCUGCUUAACUGCCGGUAGUGAGUAGCAGGUGAGAAUCCUCCAGUCUCUCCAUAUCAGUAGACAGCAGGGGGAGCUCUGCAGCCACAGCUGUGACUAACUCACCGAAAAACACUCCUCUAUCGUAGUACUUUUACUUUUUGCCUUUGGUUUUCAUGUAACUGAAAACUGAAGGAUUUAGGAAUAUAAAAGAGGAAACAACCCAGUUAAAGUAUGUGCUUUUGUUUGGUGAAAUCUUUUUGUUAUUUUAUGUUCCUGUUCUUGGAACUUGUUUUACAGCCAUUGAUCUUUAUUAUGGUGUGUUAAGGCUUUUUUUUAUUUAUUCAUGACAGUGUAAUGCCAUGUUUCAAUUUGAAUGCUCCCUGGAAAAAAAACUAAAACCUAUCAGCUGGUAAUAUCUGCAUGAAUGAGAAAUGUCUAUAACCUAAUACUAACCAUAAUAACACAUACUGUAAUGGGUGAAUGUUAAAAUGUGCACAGUUUAUCACUUUUUCGAAAUUCAAAGAGCCAAAAAAAAGAGGUUAAGGUGAUCUGUAGGGGGCAUAGUUCACAUUAGCCAUAUACCACACUACUAAGUGUCAAAAUUAAGUGCGUCUAAAAUGUUAUACAAAACAUUUUAUAUGAAAACAACUUUUUUUUGUAUGUUGGCUUUUCAAUAUUUCUGCACUAACUCAAAUGGAUUUGAAUAGUCCCUUUUGUCUGUGGCAUACCAUUUCAUUAAGUUUUUUCAAUGUAAUAUAAUUUGGCUCUCCAUUUUUUUAUAUUUUUAUUUUAAAAUAUAUGUUGGCAUAUUUAAGUAUUUUUAUUUUGUAUAUAAUCAGUAUUAGGCCAUGAAGCCCUAUGUGGGAGGAGAGGUAUAGCGGUAUAGCUGGGGAGUUGGUUGUCAUUGUUACUGUAUAAUUUUAACACGCUCCAUAACUUCAAACACUUUACCCCUGCUUAGUCAUGUACCUCACCAUUCUCUAUGCCGAGGGUUUCUUUCACAAAAUCACUUUCAGCUUUCAUUUUGUGAGCAUGGUUAUCCAUGGCCACCAUACUACUUGGACCUUCUCCUUCUGUUUACAUGGUUAAGGGCCAGGGUGAGAAGGGAAGUGCAUUCUUUUUAUGUACAGUACACCACCCUUGGUUGUGGCGACUGCCUGUGGCCAGUGACUUUUGGUUACAUAAGAAAGGGAAUGGUUACCACGUUAGCAUCUUAUAGCUAACAUGAACAAAGAGGGUGAGAGAGAGACCCUGUUGUCCUAUUAUGGGGGUGGAUGUCAGGAGUUCCGGCUAUGGCCAUUGUGUUCUAAACCUCCUAUAGAGUACAGAACAGAACAUCAGUGUACAUGUACCUUUAUUGUGUGAAUGGUUACGGAACAUUCUGGAAAUAAUGUUAGAUUCCACUCUGUUCUGCUGUGUACCAAGGACUGUGACUUAAGAUCUAGUCUGCAUUUUUUUAAAGAAAUAAGUAAAGCGCGCACUAAUUGUGCUUAGACUCACAUUGGAACAUGUUUUAGGAUGGUUUUUCUUUAGUAGCAUGUUAUAUUGAAAACACUCUGCUGCAGAAAAUAUUCUGGUAAUGCUCUCAAACCAGUUUUUUUAGCGUAGGCACUACAGAAAGGAAACCUCUUGUGCUAGGCCAACAAAAUAUGCUUAGCAGAUGUGACUGACUCUGCAUGAAAUGUUUCUGCUUGUAAGGACAAACUGGGAAGAGUGCAUCACCUAUUUUUGACGUUACUCACCAUAUUAAAACUACUGUACAGUACCUACAGAACAUUGAUAUAAGAAGAACUUCUUUCAGGGGUUACUGUUUCAGAUGAUUGGACAAGAAAAAGAUAACUAUUUUAACCCUCUAUGGUGCACUGCAGCACAUGAAGGACAUUAAAUGUUGAGGUAGAAGGUUUUGAAUUUCACCAUGAGGCACUCUAUUUUGUGGUUAAGGAAAUCUGAAAAUUUAUCAGGCUUCACCUUGGUGUGGACAGAAAGAUGCUGUAAGUGAAGUACUUGAUGUGAAGACGCAAAGCUGGUGGGAAUGGAAGCCAUACAUGCUAAUGCUAUGUGCGAUCCUUGUGCAGUAACAUUGUUGAAAGCGUACGUAAACGUAUGUUUGCAUUACCUGUGAUGCAUUGUACAUAUUCGGUUUGGAAUGGACACAAUGCUAAAUAUUUGAUGUUUGCAGUAUUUCAGGUCGAUAGUCUGUGCCAGAGGUUACUUCUUUUUUCAUUUUCAGGAAAGAGAUUUUCUGCAGCAUAUAUCCCAGAGGAUAGUGCUGCCUGCAGUAAGUACAAUGGGGGAGAUGCUGUGGUGAGCACAGAUUGCCUUCACAUGUGGUGACACUCAAUUGGCUGUAAAUUGUAUUAAAAGUACAUCUGACAUAGACAUUAAAAACACUGCAACAGUGGUAUGCACCGAGGCAGAGCUGUUAAAUUAUACCUGGACAAAGGUCUGCAAUGUUACAUUGACAUUAGGGGCACAGCAUUGGGAAAAUGAGAAACUCAAUACUGAGCAUUGCCCUACAUACACACUGCUUUUGCAGCCAAUUCACCUUUGAGCUUCUGGGCAGCUGACUGCUUCUUGCAUUUUUUCAGGUUGUGAAAGAGUCAUUUGCCGCCAUUAGAAUUAUUCAUUAGAAUUAUAUUUCAUCAGAAAUGUUUAUCUGAAGUAUGUCAUUCCAGGAAAAGGGAAUAUGAAAGCAAGGAAUUAUGAUCUGGUAUUUUAGAUUAACGCUAAUCAUUCGGGUAUAGCACAGUAUCGCUGGUGCCACAAAUGAUUUCCGCCAAGAAAAAUAUAGAGCAGAUAUGUUUUUAGGACGUAUUUAAAAACACAUUUACAUUUGAAAAUAAUUUAGCAUGUUUUAAUUAUGCAUACGAUGGAGGAUUAAAAUUCACUUCCUUUGAGCUCAGUUUUCCAAUGAAGAGAAGCCACUUUUUCUUUAAGAGUUGGUUUUGAGACUGAAUCAAGAAAGUUCUAAAAAUUGUAAGGGAAUGGGGAAGCAAGUCUGUCAGACUGUGGCCAAAUUCCGGCGGUGUAGCUGGUAUGUGUACUGAAGUGUUUAAAGGAGCUGUUCGGGGUCCUUUCUAGGUCGUUCUUAGGUUGUGACGUCUUUUCCUCACCUGCUUCGCUGGCGUGUGACUUCAGCGGAUAAAUCCGUUAUCGAGUGGCGACGAUUGUGAUGGUGACGUCUUGUUUACUGAUGUGGCCAUGUUGAGUAAAUUCGUGUGUGAUUCACAGUGAAAACGCCCUGUCCAAGACUUGAAAUUCUCUAAUGUAGUUGCUGCUUAUGCUGAAGUGUUGUAACAUUCAAGACCCAGUACACAUCUCGGUGGUAUAAAGUUUAACUAUUCUUAAGCUCAUAAUUGUUGCUGCAGUUUUAGAUAUAGCAGUGCCUUAGGAUGAAAAUAGGCUAUGAAUUAUGUGGUAACUAAAUGUAUUGGAUUAAAUGUGCUUACCUUGGCCAUGACAAUCAUUUUGCCCAAUGAGGGCAUAGAAUACAUUGACUCUUGAGCUGUGCGGGUGUGUUCGAAUGCCCUGUCCACAAGUGAUAUUUGUAAAUAUAUACCUCUUAAAGUGUAUUGAUGAAAAUCUGUUUAAAUAAAGUUUUGCGAAAAAAUGAA